CGCUGCCGCACGACUCCUGCCGCGGCCACAGCGACGCGCGGCUCCUCAUCGAUCCGUCGAUCGGAAAUAAUCCAUAGCCGCAUGGUGACGUCACGCCGCUGUUAACCGGCGCUCGUGGCUGGGUGCAGCCUUGACUUCAGGGAUGGACGCGCGCGUUUAACUCCUCCGCUCCUCCUUGCACGCGGGGAUUGAUUGGAAGAAACGCACACAAAAAAAAAGGGCAAAUUAUAAUUGCACCACAAGCGCGAGGACGUGCACGCGGCUGUCUGUUUGUUUGUGACGUCGGCGCGUUGGGGAAUGGAGUAGCUGUCACGGAGGAGAGGAUGGAAGCGGACUGAGCCAGCUGUGGCCUGCUUCUAACAGCAACAUCUGGCCGGGUCAGAGAGGGAGCCUGCAGCAGCCAGCCGGAUCUGUGGGGGAUAUGGAGGAAGGCGACGCAGAAGGGGAAGGACCCAUGGUGGUCAGAGAAGGUCCAAGCCGCCAAGGCCUCCAGUCGGAGUCCAGCGCCGCCACAACAACCACCACCAACCUCCUGGCUUCUGUUAAAGAGCAAGAGCUCCAGUUUGAGCGACUGACCCGGGAGCUGGAAGAGGAGCGGCAGAUUGUGGCGAGCCAGCUGGAGAAGUGCAUGCUGGGAGCUGAGUCGCCAGCGGGAGACAGUAGCAGCUCUUCUGAGAAGUCGUAUGCAUGGAGAUCUGCAGGUGGAGAGUCUCAGGGUGUGGCUGCAGAGGCACCAGGGCGCCACCUGGAGGUGGAGGAAGGACUGUACCUGCCUGAAGGGGACCGCGCCUCCUUGCAUGACAGUGAGGGGUCAGGAGGUCAUUCAGCCCACAUGACCUCGUAUUCAGACAGCGGAUACCAAGACAGCAGCGUCAGUUAUUACAGCAACCAGAACGUGGUGCGUUCAGAACCUCGAGCCUCGAUAUCGAGAAGCCCCAGAGCAGAAGGUCAAGCCUCUGGGCAGGCUUCCAGUCGGAUGUUGAGGAGAAUGGCUUCCCUCCCCUCCAGGAGCCAGUCACCCGGCUGCGGCACAACCGGAACCGUCUCCCCGUCCCGAAUCUCCAUGCGAACAUCCCAGGGCAGCACCUACGACUCGCCCAUCCUGUCUGAGCCCAAACCGCUUGCUGCCGUCUUCCCCGGCACCACCAUGCCGCCCUCCUGCCCGUCUCCCACCUCCCCCAGCGACGCCACCCAGGCCCUGGGAAACGGAGGAGGCAUCGGAGGCGGGGUCCGCCUGGGCUCCACCCUGUCCUUGAUCGAGGGGAGGGCUUUGACGGGGUCUCCGCUGCGUUCUGGGAUGACGGCGAUGCCUCAGCACUACGGCUCCACACUGCCCAGACAGAGCCAGUCGCUGGCCUACGGCGCCGACCCGUACGGCCUGUACCAGAGGAGCGCCCUGCCGCGCCCAGACAGCCUGAUAGGGCUGCACAGCUCCUACGCCGGCCACGGGACGCAGAUCGACCCCGAGCUGCGAGCCGCCCUGUCGCCAGACUGCCAGAUGACGCCAGUUUUCGACGACCGCUCCUUCCAAAGCCCCCUGUACCACAGCCCCACACACGACCCCCAGGGCUCCCUCUACAGAGCAAACACAGCUAUGGGGACCCUUCCUCGGACCACAAGCCAUUGCGGCACGCUGCCGUUCCAAAGAAGCAGCUACGGGCUGAGCUCAGCGGCGGCGUUCGUCGACUCCAUCAGGGUGUCCACCGAGCCUGUGUACUCCCACAGACACUCGGCGCUGGUGGACCGGGUCAUCACUCGCACGCCGUCCAUCGAAAGCAUCCACAAGGACCCCAGGGAGUUUGCGUGGCGAGACCCGGAGCUGCCAGAGGUCAUCCACAUGCUGCAGCAUCACUUCCCCUCCGUCCAGGCCAACGCCGCCGCCUACCUGCAACACCUGUGCUACGGAGACAACAGGGUGAAGGUGGAGGUCUGCCACCUGGGAGGGAUCCAGCACCUGGUGGACCUGCUGGAUCACAAGACGCCUGAGGUCCAGAAGAGCGCUUGCGGAGCUCUGAGGAACCUGGUGUACAGCAAAGCCACCGACAACAACAAGGUGGCGCUGAGGAACUGCGGCGGCGUUCCCGCUCUGCUGCGCCUCCUCAGAAAAACCACAGACAACGAAGUUCGGGAGCUGGUCACCGGCGUCCUGUGGAACCUCUCCUCGUGCGACGCGGUGAAGAUGACCAUCAUCCGCGACGCUCUGAGCACGCUGACCAACACGGUGGUCAUCCCCCACUCGGGCUGGAGCACCGCCUCCCACCGCGACGAACACAAGGUCAAGUUCCAGUCCUCCAUGCUGCUGCGCAACACCACCGGCUGUCUGAGGAACUUGAGCUCGGCGGGGGAGGAGGCGAGGAGCCAGCUGCGCUGCUGCGAAGGCCUGGUCGACUCGCUGCUGCACAUCCUGAAGGCCUGCGUCAACACGUCGGACUACGACAGCAAGAUUGUGGAGAACAGCGUCUGCACCCUGAGGAACCUCUCGUACCGCCUGGAGGUGGAGAUGCCGUCCUCCCGUCUCCUUGGCAACCAGGAGCUGGACACCCUGCUGGGUUUCUCCUCGCCGGUGAAGGAGCUGGACUACCUGUGCUGGGGGAAGAGACGGCGCGGCAGGAAGAGGGGCGGCUGGGCCGAAGGCAAGUGGGACGGCGUCGGCCCCAUCCCAGGUUUCUGCCAGUCUCUGAGGGGGGCGGAGCUGCUGUGGCACCCCAUGGUGGUGAAGCCGUACCUCAACCUGCUGGCUGAGAGCUCCAACCCGGCCACCCUGGAGGGCGCCGCCGGCUCCCUGCAGAACCUCUCCGCUGGAAACUGGAAGUUCUCCGCCUACAUCCGAGCCGCAGUGCGUAAAGAGAAAGGUUUGCCCAUCCUGGUGGAGCUGCUGAGGAUGGACAACGAUCGGGUGGUCUGCUCCGUCGCAACCGCACUCAGAAACAUGGCGCUGGACAGCCGCAACAAGGAGCUGAUCGGAAAGUACGCCAUGCGGGACCUGGUGAACCGGCUGCCGGGCGGCACUCCCUCUGUGCUGUCCGACGACACGGUGGCAUCGGUGUGCUGCACGCUGCAUGAGGUCACCAGCCGCAACAUGGAGAACGCCAAAGCUCUGGCCGACAGCGGCGGCAUCGAGAAGCUGGUGGACAUCAGCAAAGGACGAGGGAAAGGGUACUCAAUGAAAGUAGUAAAGGCUGCUGCUCAGGUGUUGAACACACUGUGGCAAUACAGAGAGCUGAGGAGUCUCUAUAAACAGGACGGAUGGAACUACACUCACUUUGUCACCCCUGUGUCCACCCUGGAGAGAGACCGCUACCGUUCCCAGCCGACCCUGCCCACCAGCCCUCUGCAGAUGUCCCCUGUCAUCCAGUCAGGUGGCAGUGCAACAUCCUCGCCCGCCAUGCUCGGGAUAAGAAGACACAGCUCAAACUACCAGAGGGCGCAGUCAUCUAUGCAACUCGACACAUAUUAUGGAGACAGUUUACACAAACGGCAGUACACAGGGUCAGACAAGAAAACUCCCUAUUUUAUUGGGACAUAUUCCUCCCAGUCAGGAGAGGAUAUAAGAAGAUCACAGCAUCCAGAGCCAUUCUACGACGAACCCGACAGGAAGAACUACAACAGCUACAGAAUGUACCUGUCGUCGCCUCAAGGCUACGGCGAGGAGCGCUACGAGGACGAAGCGGUCCACCUGCCGUCCUCGCCCGACGGCUACGCCACCCAGUCGCUCCGAUUCAAAGCCAACACCAACUACGUGGACUUCUACUCCACCACGCGGAGGCCUUCCAACAGGGCCAACAAGUUCACCGGGUCCCCCGACUCCUGGGUGUAGGCACAAACAAAACUCACACGCAGUGUGCGUCCAGCUUUACCGUGCGUUUCUGUGGGUCUUCGUGCGUGGGGAGUACACUGUACCGUUUGUUUGGGUGAAAAGUUGCAGAUGCAUGUGAAUCUGUGUUGAAAAUGGGCUGAGGGACCAGGAUCGAAUCGCUGUCGGUUUGACGAAGUCAGAAAGUAAGUAGGAAAGUUCAGUACGUUAUCGGUUUAAACUCAAGGAGUUUGGUUUAGUUUGAUUGAGGCGGAAAACGUCUCAAUACUUCAAAUGAACGCAUCAUUCCUGACACGUUUUCAGCUACAGUUCUGUGAAAAAGUAUUUUCCUCCUUAAGAAUUUGUUUUGUUUUACAAUUUUUGAUAAGUUGGAUUCAUACAUAUUGUGUUUAUAGGGAGAAAUUUUAAAUCAUCAUAUAAAAAAAGGCUUUUUUCAUAUCAUUUUUGAGUUAAUGGCUUAUGAGACUUUUUAACAGCUGCAUUUCUUUUCUACCCUCCUAUAACAGCUAGCUGCACUACAGUUCUAACCCUCUUUAAAUUUACAUUUAAUUUGCUGCGCGAGGCAUGAAGCUGAUCUUUACUGAAAUCAGCAAUAAUACACAAUCAAUGCAAACUAAUUUAUCCAGGAAAUGUUGAGCUUUACAAAAAGGAAAAGUUUAGCUAAAAAAAGUAGGAGCUUCUUCUUGUGCUGUGUGUAGAUUUGUUUUUCUUUUCUGAAUGAAAUGCUCAUUAGCUCUACAUGAGUGAAGUCAACUAAAAUACUUGGAAUAAAAUCCAAAUGGUUAAACAGCAUUUCUCAGAUUUUUAGCAUCAAAUCCAAGACAUAAUCCAUAAUAUUUUUAAUUUUAUGACAAAUUUAGUUUAAAAACCAAAUUUAAAGCCUAAGUGCAGCCUUCUAGAUUCUCUAAGUGGCAGAUUUUGCAGAGGAAAUUUCUGGAAAUGUCUUAUUUUUCUGUUGCAGGCAUUUUAAUCGCCUUAAUUUUGUCUUUUUGUCACAAGGUGCAUUUGGUAAGAAAAAAGGACAUGAAAAAAGACUAAAGCAGCCCUGGCGUCACUGUUUACUGGAGUGUUUGUUCAUGUUAACUGACUCGUUUUCCUCUGCAGUAAAAAUGUGAAGUGUGUUGGCUUCAUAACAUAGAUAUUGUCUGCCACUGUUUCAUGGACACAAGAGAGAAGGAGCUUGUUGCAGCCGGGGAUUUAUCCAAACGAGGAUAAAAGACGCCUGGACAAAAAAACCCGGGUUUUUUUUGUUAUCAUCACUCUGGGGAACCUUUAAAAACUCAGAACCAGAGGUACGACUGUAACUCGUCACUUCAUGUUGGCCACAAGUGCAGUAAAUAUAUCAUAAAGUAUGUGAAAUAUGUGCAAAAAAAUAUGUGAAAAUCUAUUUGUACAGAUACACUGGAAUAACUGUCCUGUUACAUUGUUGUAUUCAAUAUGUAGAAAUUUCUAUGUGAUUGUGUGGAUAAGAUUUUUCUAUUAUUUAUUGAUUAUUUUUUAUUAAUUUAAUUGUGGUCUGACCAAAAUACACCAUCUGUCUGUUCUGUCCAGAAAUGAUGACAGUAAUGUGCAAUGUUAAAGAGGGAAAAUAUAUGUAUAGGGAUUAACGAAUAUAUCACAACAGUC